AUGCUUAUUGGAUAUGCAGGAAAAGGAUACAUCAGGACAUUCUCACUUGCAGGAACGACCGAUUGCCAAGCACCUCGACCAUUUCCGUACCUCCCCUCAUGUAUUACAGACCGACAUCUGAACGCCAUUUCGCCCUCACUGACCCACCUCACAUCGAUAUCUCUGUCCCAUUGCACCGCGCUCACCGACAUGGCCGUCAUCCAGCUCAUCACCUUGUCCUCGCCUUACCUCAAACGUAUCGAUCUGACUGAAUGUAGACUGCUCACCAACUUGACGGUUCAAGUGAUGGCGAGUCUCUGCAGCGAACUUGAGGAACUGUCUUUGCAGGGGUGUGGACUUGUCACGGAUGAUGCGAUCGAGGAGGUGGCGCUGCAUUGCACUCGACUCCACAGAAUCAAUAUUGGACAGUGUCAACGGGCAGGCGACAAGUCUUUGGAGGCACUUCUUCGAGCGUCUGGUCGGAUGACACACCUGAGCUCGUUCUCCAGAGUCAGAACCAGGAAUGCGCGGUUGACAAAGUUGGGUGUCGCCGGCUGCAAAGGUAUCACGUAUUCAGGACUGUCGGCGAUCACGGAGCAGCUCAAUGCUGCUGGUACAGAACAGGACGGAUAUCUAGAGCCGCAGCGGUCUUCACUCGUCUCGCUCGAUUUUACUUGUCCUGCUGUGAAGGCCCCUACAGCCGAGAAUAUGAAUGGGCUUUCGGUGUCAACGGUAGCUACAACAGCAGCAUCAACAAGGACACAGAGUCAGGCGAGCCGGUUCUUUCGCACCCUACCCGUGACUCUGGAAGAGAUUUCAAUCCACGAUGCCUAUACACUGAGCCACAGCGACAUCAUCGCCCUUGUUGACCAAGUCGGGCCGGGACUCAAAGUCUUGCGGCUCGAUCAUGCGAAUGCCAUCAACUCGGAGACUCUGGGUCAUGUCCUUGCGGUUUGUCCUAACCUGACUGUUCUCUCGAUCCCGCGAGCAAGUCGUCUGGAUGAUUCAGGAGUAGUCCAACUGAUUGGAGCCAGGUGUGCUGGUUCGUUGGUAGAACUGGAUCUGAGUGCCUGUCAUUCUCUUACGGACGGUUGCUUGACAGCCUUGGCCAAGUGUACUCUAGCAGCAUCUUCGAGGACUUCGACGUUUCCCGAAAACGACAAGGGAAAGGGUAUCCAGGAGCAACCCAACCCCUGCCUGUUUCCCAACCUACGACGACUGGAUCUCUCCUACAACGACAAGAUGACGCUCGCUGGUAUUAUACCCUUGGUGAUGUCUCUCAAGAACCUCUGCGCGCUGGACGUGUCCUUUUGCGGCGAUGGCGUGACUAGGUCGUGGAGCUCGACCUUGGAAUCUCUGCGACCGAUUUUGAACCCGACUUCUGCCUCUUCAACCAUGGACUCGACUGGUAUUGAUAAUCUUUUGGGCGAUGCUGUGAUCGAGAGCGACCAUUCUGAGGAUGAUGAAUCUUCAAGCAGCUCCCAGCAGCAGUAUUCACCACAGCAGGAGCAGCUGUUACAGUUCUCUCCACACAUGGCGUCGUCGACUGGAGUACAACCACCGCCUCAGGAGUACGGACUGUCGUCCCAGAACUUGCAGCGGUUUAUGAAUGGCGUUGCGCCUCUGGUGAGCCCUAGUCGGUUGGGCCUAGGUAGAUAUGUAGGACCGCUUCUGAACCGCGGAACCUCCUCCAACAAUAUCACCAACACCGACGACGAUAUCGUUCCACAGCACCCACAGCAAUACUCACGACAAGGAGGCACCAGUCUUGAUCGAACACCUCUAGGAAACCGGCGUCGAUCGUCCGCGUCGUCUUUGACGUCCUCUUCCUCGACCUCGACCAUCAUGUCCUCAUCGUCAUCCGGAUCGUCAUCGACAUCAUCGUCCAUGACUUCCGACUGUUCUUCCUCUUCCUCUUCCUCCGGGUCAAAGAGAAUCACCCAUUCGCGUCGACGGUCGUGUUCAAGGAUCCAUUUGGCAGAUCGACUGGAUGUACUAGAAAACACACCCAGACGAGUCGGGAUCGCGGCCAGCUUCCACCUCGAGUCUUGGUUCACGCCACAACACCAACUCCAGCUCCAACAUCUAUUCCAGAUCCAAUCGCAGCAUCAACGUGAUUUGCAGGAGAUUCAGGCUGCUGCUGCUAAUCAAAUGCUGUUCAAUCCGCAGAAUGCAGGAACGGCGGCGAACUUGUUUGCAAACUCGAUGCCAUUUGAGGCGCUGUCGGCGGAGAUGAUGAGCCAUCCAGUCAUGACGGCUAUUCGAGUCGGAGCCGCAACUGUUGGAGGGAUCAAUAACGGUGGCGGUCCUCCUGCUCACGGGAAUGGCAAUGGUGUAGGUGGUGGUGGAGGAGGAGGAGGAAGAGGUGCUCAUGGUGGACUUCAUGGAGCUGGCGGAAACAAUGCGACCUCUCAGAAUCUUUUUGAUUCUCACACCAACAACAACGAGACAACAUCACCACCAGCGCACCACGGAAGCCGUCGACUCAGUGUGACUGCAGGCGAAGGUGGAGGAGGUGGUGGUGGAGGAGGAGGAGUCCGUCACCACCACCGACACCAUUACCAACAUCCGCACUACCAUCAUCGUAGGAACCCACUCUCGAGCGCCGCUACGGGCCAUUGUGAGAUAUCUGCGUGGGGGCUGAUCAAACUGCGUGAGGAAUGGGCUGCUGUGAUCUGA